GCCGCUGCGGCCUGUUGGCGCGGUCGCCGGCAGCCUCGAGCGAGUGGCGCUAGGAGCCGUGGCGGCUGUGACUGGCGGGGAGCGCGUGUCCCGAUCAAUUCCCUAGUGGCCCGCGACCAUGUCCCUGGGGCAGCGGCUGGCGCUGCUGGCUGUCCGUCUGCAGGAGCCGCAGCGGGUGGCGAGCUUCCAGCGACUGUGUGGGGUGGAGGCGCCGCUCGGCAGCCCCGCGGAGGGCGAGGAUGGGGAGAGCGAGGUUCGCGGGGCCGCGGGGAACCCUCGGCGACGGGGACAGCAGCCGGGCGCGGAGCGCAGCCCCGGCCCCGCCAAGCCUGACUGCCGUGGCGCCCCCAACGGCGUACGCAACGGGCUGCCUGCCGAGCCGGGCCCAGCCGGGCCCCGCCGCGCGGGCUCGCUGCGCCGCAACUCGCUGACGGGUGAGGAGGGCGAGCUGACCAGGGUGAGCAACUGGCCGCUCUACUACCUGUUCUGUUUCGGCACCGAGCUGGGCAACGAGCUCUUCUACAUCUUCUUCUUCCCCUUCUGGAUCUGGAACCUCGAUCCCUUUGUGGGCCGGAGGCUGGUGAUCAUCUGGGUGCUGGUCAUGUACCUGGGCCAGUGCACCAAGGACAUCAUCCGCUGGCCGCGGCCGGCCUCGCCGCCCGUCGUCAAGCUGGAGAUCUUCUACAACUCAGAGUACAGCAUGCCCUCCACGCAUGCCAUGUCCGGCACCGCCAUCCCCAUCGCCAUGGUCCUGCUCACCUACGGCCGCUGGCAGUACCCUCUUCUGUACGGGCUGAUUCUCAUUCCCUGCUGGAGUUCUCUGGUUUGCCUGAGCAGAGUCUACAUGGGAAUGCACUCCAUCCUGGACGUUAUUGCUGGGUUCCUCUAUACCAUUUUAAUCUUAGUUAUCUUCUACCCACUUGUGGACCUGAUUGACAACUUCAACCAGACUUACAAAUAUGCUCCGCUCAUCAUCAUCGGGCUUCACUUAGCUCUGGGCAUCUUUUCCUUCACUCUUGACACCUGGAGCACAUCCCGAGGAGACACGGCUGAGAUUCUGGGCAGUGGUGCUGGAAUUGCGUGUGGCUCUCAUGCUGCUUAUAACCUGGGUCUAUUAUUAGACCCUUCUCCACACACAUUACCCUUAGCCAGCCCCCCCCUCACCGCAACUCUAUUUGGAAAAGCCAUAUUAAGGGUCGCCAUAGGAAUGAUACUUGUACUGAUCAUGAGGGAUGUAAUGAAGAAGAUCACCAUUCCUUUAGCCUGUAAACUCUUCAGUAUUCCGUGUGAUGAUAUCCGCCAAGCGAGGCAGCACAUGGAAGUGGAGCUACCGUAUCGGUAUAUCACCUAUGGGAUGGUUGGUUUCUCCAUCACGUGUUUGGUUCCUUACGUGUUUUCCUUCAUUGGUAUCUCUUGAUGGGGAAGUGUUGUUUAUUAUAAGAAAGGAGGCUACCAGAUAUACCUAAAACUAUUCUCCAGGUAACACUCGGGUCAGAGGCUUUUGCAAGAAUUUAACUUAAACAAGUAAAUUCUGCAGCCGGUGCAUUUUCCCUUGGCACAUCCAGACGUUUUGGGUGGGUUGAGCUCUUUCAGCACUGAGAAGUGAUAUGGCCGUUUAGAAUGUUCACAAAAUGUUUGGAGAGUUCUGUGCUGUUACAAAUUGUAGUUAUAUAUAAUAUAUAUUAAGGUAUGCAGUGUGCAAAUGUGUAUCUAGUAUGUA